AAACUGUCUGUAUACUCUGCGGUUGUCAUGAGUCGAGGAGGAGGUGGAGAACACACCCAAACCUGCUGGAGUUCCCUGGUUGCCAUGGAUCCCCCUCCCUCCUUGAGUUUGUCCCUUCUUGCCGGGAGUGAGGAAGAAGAUCAGCGCCCUCCCCUCCCCUUGAGUGGCAUUUCCCAUGCCUCAGUAGCUGGCAACUACCCCAGCAACAACCACUCCAACCACACAGGCGGGACCAGCAGUCUGGAGCGCCUCAACGGGACUCCGUCGCCCAGCGGCCCAAGCCUUCCCCCGGCAUCCCUGCCCAAGCUGCCCUUGGCCACGACGCCCCAGUUGCCCACGCCCAUUCCUAACGCUUUGCACCCCACCAGCACCCCGCUGUCCUCUUGCCUCGGCAGCCAGCACAGCCUGAGCGGGGAGGCGCCACCAAUCUACAACGCCCUCUUCUACUCCUCACAUUCCCCAUCAUCCGAUCGAGAAAGAGAGCGGGAGCGGGACAGGGAGCGGGACAGGGGCUGCAAGCACAGGCAGGCGAGUCCCCUGGUCCACCGGCGAGACAGCAACCCCUUCACGGAGAUCGCCAUGAGCUCGUGCAAGUACAGCGGCGGUGUGAUGAAGCCGCUCAGCCGCCUCAGCGCCUCGCGACGGAAUCUUAUCGAGUCGGACAGUGGCAGCGACACCAAAGAGGGCGGAAGCGGGGCCGCCGGCGGGCAGGGGGCAGCCCCGGCCCCCUCGUCCUCCUCCUCCCUGCAGCACCACGGACAGAACCCGCAGCAGCAGAACCCGCCCGAAAUCGUCAUUUCCUCCAAAGAGGACCCUCCCUACGGACACGUGUACGAACUGGAGCCUUCAGCCAAUCAGAUGUCCAUCUACCACCAGAACCACACCCUCUCUGAGAGCAGGGGCACUCUGGGGCAGUCCGGUAGCGGGAGCAACGGACGACGAGGGGGUGGAGCCGGCACUGGGAGGACGGCCCUGAAGGCUCCGAAGCGUAAGAACCAGAACAUCGGCUACAAACUGGGUCACCGGAGGGCGCUGUUUGAGAAGAGAAAGAGACUCAGCGACUACGCACUCAUCUUUGGCAUGUUUGGCAUCGUUGUCAUGGUGAUUGAGACAGAGCUGUCCUGGGGCGUCUAUAGUAAGAGCUCCAUGUACUCUCUGGCGCUGAAGUGUCUUAUCAGCCUCUCCACCAUCAUCCUCCUCGGCCUCAUCAUUGCUUACCAUGCUCGAGAGGUGCAGCUCUUCGUCAUCGACAACGGGGCGGAUGACUGGCGCAUCGCCAUGACGAUGGAGCGGGUACUGUUGAUCGCGCUGGAGCUGCUGGUGUCGGCCGUGCACCCGGUACCGGGCGACUUCAAGUUCGUGUGGCGCGCGCGCCUGGCCUUCACCUAUAUCCCCUCGCAGGCGGAGGCAGACCUGGACAUGGUGCUCUCCGUGCCCAUGUUCCUCCGACUCUACCUCAUCGCUCGCGUCAUGCUCCUCCACAGCAAGCUCUUCACUGAUGCCUCCUCACGAAGCAUAGGGGCCCUCAACAAGGUGCACUUUAACACACGGUUCGUGAUGAAGACCCUGAUGACUAUCUGCCCGGGCACGGUGCUGCUGGUCUUCAGUAUCUCCCUAUGGAUCAUCGCGGCCUGGACCGUACGAGUGUGCGAGAGGUACCAUGAUGCUCAGGACGUGACCAGCAACUUCCUGGGAGCCAUGUGGCUCAUCUCCAUUACCUUCCUCUCCAUUGGCUACGGAGACAUGGUGCCUCACACCUACUGCGGCAAAGGAGUGUGUCUGCUGACCGGCAUUAUGGGCGCAGGCUGCACAGCGUUGGUUGUUGCCGUGGUAGCGAGGAAGCUGGAGCUGACCAAGGCCGAGAAGCAUGUGCACAACUUUAUGAUGGACACGCAGCUCACCAAACGGAUAAAGAACGCGGCGGCCAACGUUCUCCGGGAGACCUGGCUCAUCUACAAACACACGAAGCUGAUGAAGAAGAUCGACCACUCUCGCGUCCGUAAGCACCAGCGGAAGUUCCUGCAAGCCAUCCACCAGCUGCGAAGUGUAAAAAUGGAGCAGAGAAAGCUCAGUGACCAGGCCAACACACUGGUGGACCUAUCAAAGAUGCAGAGCGUUAUGUAUGAGCUGAUGUCGGAGCUGAACGACCGCAGUGAGGACCUGGAGCGGCAGAUGUUGAGUCUGGAGCGGCGGGUGGAGCAGCUGACGGCCGGAUUCAGCGCACUGCCUGCCCACCUGUCGGCCACGCUCAGUGCACAGCAUGCCGCGCUCGUCCACCUGCUCCAGGAGCGAGACGCCAAGGCCCUUAGCCCCGUCACGCCUGCUCCCCUCCUCACGCCUGCCCCUGUCCCGACAACAACCGUCCAAGCAACAACCUCCAAACCCCCUGCAGAGGACAGCCCCAACACCAGCACCUCCAGCUGCUGAGAGAGGGGCAGAGCCUCAGCGAAGCUGGGGAGAAAUGCAUGGGCGUUAGAGUGUGGAGUCUGGAUGAAAGAAAUGGGUGGGCGCGAGAACUCAGCCAAGCUAAAGUGUGGAACCUGGCUGAGAGAGCGAGGACGGGGCUUCAACCAAGCUAGGAAAAAGUGCAUGGGUAUUAAGGUGUGAAGCCUGGCUAAUGGAGGGGGUGGGGAGGGUCGGAGCCUUGGCCAAGCUAGGGAGAGUGCAUAGGUAUCAAAGGAAUAGCUUAACCAAAUGUGCUAACAUGGCUAACUGCCAAUGGAAGCUCCACUAUGUCCAAAAGUUUGUAGACACUUGCUUAUCUAGCACUCUGAAAUCAGGGGUAUUCAUAGGGAGUUCGUCCCCCUUUACUGCAGUAACACCCUCCACUCUUCUUGCAUUUUUUUUCACUAGAUGUUGGAACAUUGCUCUAAGGAUUUGAUUGCAUUUAGCCACGAGAGCAUUA